CUGGAAUGUUCUUCCACAGCCCGCCGAUAGUAGGACAAGUCGGCCCCAAGAAUCGAGUGGCUCUGCGGUGUCAUUCAUGUCUGUGCAGUUUCUGCUGUUCUGCCGUCGAAGAGCAAGUUUCAGAAGACGAAGCUGUGCUCGUUCUUCCUCGCGGGCCGCUGCAAGAAGCGCGGGAGGUGCCUCUUCGCGCACAGCGAGGCGGACCUAAGGUCGCCUCCUGACCUCCGCUGCACGAAGAUGUGCCCCAUGGUGAUGGACGGGAUGGAGUGCGACCAGGACGAGUGCAUGUUCGCCCACACGCAGGAGGAGCUCCGCCCCGCCGACCCGGCCGGCGGCGCCCUCGAGCCCGCAGAGCACCGGGAGCCGCGGGGCGAGCUGGAGCGGCCUGGCGAGGAGGCCGUCGGCGGCAGCGGACCGGUCGUCAGGGGCAACGGUGGGCCCGCCCUCGGCCAUGCGCAGGUCGCCGCCGACGACGACGAGGACGACGACUUCUGCUUCGAGUCUCCCGCCGACGGCUUCAAGCGCGGCCAGACGGAGGACCCCCUGGCGCUGUGCGUGCGCGUCAUGCGCGUGAAGAACACGUUCAUCACGAUUGACGAGGAGGAGGAGGACACCGAGGACAAGGACGUGGACAGGCAGCACCGCAGGCCGCUCCGCUCCAGGUCCGCCCCGGCGCUCGCGCGCCAGCGCUCGGAGGCGCCGCGCCCGCAGCGCAGGCCCGAGCAGGCGGCGGCUUCGCAGGGCGCGGACAAGGGCCGCGGCUCUGCCGAGCUGCCCGGCCUGCAGCCCUCCGCCAGCCUGCCGGGCCUGCAGCCCGCCGCCCGGCCCCACCUGCCGCCCACGAUGGGCCCGCCCCAGCAGGCCAAGGCGCCCUCGCUGCGGGCGCCCCGGCCCGCAAGCCCGCGGGGCCCGGGCGCCGCGGCCUGGCCCCGCCUCGGCGGCGAGGGCCGCGUCUUGCCGCCGCAGGAGAGCGCCUCCGCCCUCGGUGCCCUGCACAUGGGGUACGGCAUGGCGGCCCCGCGCGAGCCGACCGCCCCGUGGGGAGACGGGGGCCCGUGCUGGUGGCAGAAGGGCCACGGGGCACAGCGCGAGGAGGGCGACGGCGCGCUCCUGGGAGGAGGGCGCCUCCAUCCCAGGCGCCAGCGCGGCACGCCGCACUCUGGUGGCUCUGGCGGCUCGGGUGGCCAGAGCGGCUCUGGCGGCUACUCAGACGCGGGCAGCGGCAGCUCGGCGGGCAGCGGCGAUGGCCUCCCGUACCACUUCGCGGGCGGCGGCGCGCUUCGAGGCGGCCCGCCCUCGGGCAAGCUGGGGGAGCCCGUCUUCAUCCAGCCCUCCUGGGGGGGCUUCGCGCCCGGGGGCCAGGCGGUGCCCGGCCUGGAGAUGCGGCAGGCGUGGACGGGCCUCUCGGCCUUCACCACGGGGCGCUGCCCAGUGUACACGGUGGCGCCGGCGCCGUCGCUCAGCCUCCUGAGGUGCCUCGGGGAGCAGGGCGGCUCGGGCCGGUGA